AUGCCCCUUUGGCAGAUCUACCACCCUCCAAACACAUUUCAAAAUGCGGAAUCGAAACAGCUUUUCGCAGAAGACAUAACGAAAAUGUACACUAGUUUCGGGCUACCAGCCUUCUACGUCGUGACACAAUUCCACGAACUCAAAGAUGACAACGCCUACGUUGGCGGGAAGCCGGCCUCGAACAAACCAUUCAUCCGCGUCGUCAUCACUCAUAUCGCUGUUCGUAUUCCCGACGCUGAUAAAGCCUACCUUCGAACUACAUCGCGCAUUGAUAAGAUCAUGAAGCCCCAUGUUCUUGAUAAGGGUUAUGACUUUGAAUAUCAUGUCGAUGAAACGGAGCGUCGGCUUUGGAAGAUCAAUAGCUUAAUUCCGCCUCCGUUCCAGAGUGUUGAGGAACAGUUUUGGGUGCAGAAGAAUGCCGCUCUGCCAUAUGAGGGCGCAUAUCCACCGGUUGAUGAGGAAGUUUGA